AUGUGUUUCAUGUUCUUGAAAUCCUUGCUGCGUAGAAGAGUAUUUCAUGCUUUUAACGGAGUGUAUUCUGCAUCUGUUUUAGUGACAGGGGUAUACUCUGCGUUCGCUACUAUUCAUCAGUUAGUCUUCCAGAUAGUUAUUUCUUUGUGGUCCUUGUUCGUUUCUGCCGCCAUCUGUUUUCUAUGCUUUCAUAGAAUAUCAAUAUUAAACAUGAUGCACAGUAUGUAUCUGCUACUUAUGAACAUUGUUAUGAUUUUAUCAAUCAUAUUCCUUCGAUUUCUAUUUGAGUUUCAAGCUAGUGACAGAUUUGGUAUUUUAUUUGAGAGCAUUCCAAUUAUUGUAAUUUGUGCUUUCUCCUUUUUUAAUAUGCUCUAUAUUGCAUAUGUUCGUAGAUGCAUUAUUGAUGGGCUAAUACAGCCCGUGUUUAUGCAGCAAAGGAAAAAGAUUGAAUCGAAAGUUGUCUUUGUCCGUAGGGAGUAUCCGGAGAUUUUCAGCAUCCAAUAA